CAAAUAAAACUCGCUUUCCCAAAUAGAAAGAAGGGGAGGGAAGUAGAAAUGGCAAAAGCUUUUGGAUUAAGUCUAAAUUACUCUGCAUUAUUACUAACCCUCUCACCUGUGCUGCUGCUGCUACUCUCUCUAUUUGUAUCCUCACCCUUCACUGCAAACCCCAAGUCCAAUGAAGAAAUUACCUCUUCAGAAAUAAAAGCAGCAGAAACUAUCAGAACACCUACUACUACUACUGCUACCACUCACAUUUUUGGAGUUAAGAUUGAAAAGAAUCCUUCUCAAUCUAAGUUAGAUGAGCUUGGAGUUACCACUUGGCCUAAGUGGAGCGGUCAGCCAAGUAAAAUUCCAUGGACAUUCAAGACCACGGAGACAAUAUACCUGUUGGAGGGCAAAGUGAAGGUUUCUGUUGAUGGGUACGAAGGAUCUUUCGAAAUUGGGGCUGGUGAUUUGGUUGUAUUCCCUAAAGGAAUGAAGAUUACUUGGGAUGUCCUUGAAGCUGUGAGCAAGCACUACAGCUUGGAAAAAUAAUGUACAUAAUCCCCAUGGCCUGCAUAGCAGAAAGCACAUCAUGUUAUGGAUUGAUCUAUUUAUAAUAUCAGCGCUCUACUCUUGAACCUAA